GGGAAAGGAACAAACGCUUGCUCCAAUAAGCUAAUGUGACUUUUGGGUUUGAAUAGAAACUCACCAUUUUUUCCAUCCUCUCACGUAUGCGGAUUACUACUACACAAAGGCCAUUCGUCAAAAAUGGUUCUGUUGCGAAAUCCAACCAAUCUCAACGGACACGUUGAGUGACUAGGAAUCUACUGGAAGAGGACAAUCUGGCUCUACGGGUGGCCAUAACGAGGAUUUCAACGGCAAAUAUAGCCAUUUUUUCACGUUCCAAACGUUUUUGCUUCUACCUGUAACCACGCCAUGGAACUCUUUAGAUGCCCCACAGUCACAUUUAUCGUUCAUGUUACUGUGUUAGCGCAUUAAACCUUCUAUCAAAAUGGCUAGUGGUGAGGUGUGAAAGCUUACAUAGCCGUGGGUUGUCGUAAUCGACCUCGAACUUACCCAAUACAGUAUGCGAGAGGUAUGGAAAGGAGUUGUGAGCAGCGAUUCCAAUCAGAUAUCACCAUCGUUUCGGUAAACGUGAUGGUUUUACGAUGUGUCGCAUGGGUCAACACCCCUACCAGGAGAAUCGAAGAAAAAUAAAAAUAGGAAUAUAACUAUCGAUGCGUUUUUAGACACAUUUUUAAAUUCUUCUGUUGUGGAUAUCCCCUUAUUUGAUUUAUCUUUCAUCCUUCCUCCUCCUGAAAAUUUUCUCAGUGAGCAUAUCAUGCGGCGCUUACACCUAGUGGCAUCCUCAAGGGGUAUGAAGUUUGGAGCCCCUGUGCAAUCGUAUCUUUGCAGUACCUCAACAGAGCAAGACACUAGUGCAGGCAAUGUCGUUGUAAAAGAAUGUCCCCUUGAUGGUGUGUGUCUAUUAGAAAUGAGCUUACCAAAAACUAACGCUCUCAGCUCAUCUCUGAUGUCGCGUCUUUUGGUUGCUAUCAAUGAGGUUUGUGAUCCGGAAAAGGGCUUUCACCAAGGCAUUAUUCUUACCUCCAAUACCCCAUGGAAUUUUUGUGGAGAUUUUGAUAUCCAAGCAUUGUGUAAAUGCUCUUCUCAGGAUGAAUUUAAUUUGUACUAUGAGAAACUGCAGACACUCUUUACAACUCUACAUUCCCUUCCCAUUCCUAUGAUGGUAGCCAUCAAUGGUCACGCCUUAUCUGGCGGCAGUAUAUUGGCUCUUGCUGCUGAUUAUCGGAUAAUGGUAAAUUCUCAUCCUACCGAAGACAAGCCUUUCAUGAUUGGAAUGCCUACUUCUCACUAUGGUAUGAGGGUUUCACCCUACAUGGCGGGGUCACUGGACCAUGUUGUUGGGUUUAGAAAAGCAGAGGCACUACUUGUGGACGGAUCUCUGCUCACUGCUGAGGAGGCACUUACGUGUGGUUUAGUGGACGAAACUAUAGGAACUCCCGAUGAAGCCAUUUUAAGAUGUUUAGUAGAGAUGGAAAGGUAUAUCAAAAUGCCGUCUUUUGUGCCGUACUGGAUCAUAAAGGAUGCAUUUCGUAAAAAACUACUGGCACCUCUUUGCACUCAAGCACUCAGAACAGCCGAUAUGAUCAACGCCUACAAUAUGCUGCAGUUCCCUGGUGUUAGAAAAAACCUUGAAUUGUCCAUGAAAUCACAUAACAAAGAUAGCGAGAAGACAUUUAGUGGACCGAAUCAGUGA